AUGUCGCCACACUGGCUGUGUGACGUGACGCUGCUAACGGUGCGCGCAGUUAGCCUCACCCACAUACUGUGUAACUGUGCGCGCCUCCGUUAUGUGGACGCGAUCCGAGACGCCGAGCCACGCCGCGCCGUGCCGUGGGACCGCCGCACUCGGUUCCACGUAAAAAAUCGAUGUUUACACGCGCCGUUGACGAAUGUGAUAUCGAUUCGA